AUGACGUCGAGGAUACCGGGGUUGAUCGCGCUGUUGUUACCGAUCGCGGUAGUGAUCGGUAGGGCGGAAUCUUGGGACGAUGCCGGUCAUCAGGGCUCGAGCGCCAAGUGCGAGAAGCUCAACGUGCCGUUUUGCGCUGGACUGAGGUACAAUCUCACCGCCAUGCCCAAUUUCAUGGGCCACGAGGACCAACAGCAAGCCGAAAGAGGGCUGGCGCCGUUGAUGCCCCUCGUCCAGUACAACUGCUCGAGGCAUCUACGUUUCUUCCUCUGUUCCGUCUUCACGCCCGUGUGCUCCGAGCACGUGGCCAUGCAGAUACCGGCCUGCAAGCCCCUCUGCCUGUCCGUCAGGCACGACUGCGAGAACACCCUCCGGGAGCUCAAUCUGCCCUGGCCUCACAUGCUCGACUGCGACCGCUUCCCCGAAAUUGGUAGUACGUUGUGCGUGCAGCCACCACCGGAAGAGAGUUUAGAUGCGGAGCUACCCGGGUCGACCGAUCGUCCAAACGAGCAGCCGCAGCAACAACAGGAUACAAACGAUAAGGAACAGCCCCAGUGGCCCCUGGUGCAGCCGAUGCAGCCCAUGCCCCUGCCCCCGCGGGCUAAUCCCCACCAAAAGUGUCCGACUCACUUUGUCGAGACGCCCUAUGUCGACGUUGUGAGUUUUUCGCAUUAUUCUAUCCGCGCAUUCAUGCUCGUGACGUCCUGCGUGCCCCGGUGCGGAGUGGACGCGUACUACCGCGCGGCCGAGAAGCGCUUCGCCGAGCGGUGGAUGGUCGGCUGGGCCUGGCUGUGCUUCCUCUCGACCCUAUUCACCCUGCUGACCUUCUGGGUGGAGCCGUCGCGCUUCCGCUACCCCGAGCGGCCCAUCGUCUUCCUCGCGCUUUGCCACAACCUCAUAUCCGUGGCCUACAUAGCCCGGGGCGCCGUGGGAGCCGAAGCCCUCAGUUGCGCCGACCAAGACGACGGCCCGAGCUACGUACCGGUGAACGACGGCAUGCGCAGCGCAACUUGCACCCUGUGGUGGCUGGCCCGCUACUACCUCGGCGUGGCCAGCAGCGUCUGGUGGGCCAUACUCUGCGGCUGUUGGCUCCUCAGCGCCCGGAACGAGUGGAGCAGCGAGGCCCUCCACAACAUCGCCGGUUACCUGCACGCCGCCGCCUGGGGCUUCCCGGUCCUCCUGUCGGGAGGUGCCCUCAUGUCCAGAAGCAUAUCCUCGGACGAGCUGACGGGGUUGUGCCGGGUGAGCGAUGACUCUGCUCUGUGGCUCGAGGUCAUCCCCAACGCCAGCCUCCUGCUGGUGGGCUGUUGCUUCGGCACAGCCGCGGGCGCCGGUUUGAUCCGCGUUCGUCGGGCCGUGCGCCUAGUCGGCCGUAGCGCCAAAAAACUCGAGCGCCUGAUGACGCGGCUGGGUGUCUUUGGCCUCGUGUACGCGCUGCCGGCCCUCGUGGGCUUGGGUUGUCUGCUGCACGAGUCCCGGGAGCGGCCGCGCUGGCGCACCGAGGCCCUCCUGGCGGCCAUAGAUUGCCGCUCGUCUCCGAGUUGCGUGCCGGGCGGGCCGAGUCGUAGGCCGGCCGGGCUGGAGGUGGCCUUCCUCAGGCUGUUCCUGGCGUUGCUGUCGGGGGUGGCCUCGGGCAUGUGGGUGUGGUCGGGCAAGACCUGCCGGGCCUGGAGCAAACUCAUCGCCGCGCCCAGCAAGCCGGGCAGGCCCAGUCCCCAGCAGACGAGGCUCGUCCAGCCGUUCCAGCACGUGCCGGUGCAGCCGUUCCCGGGUUUCAAGCACGACCUCGCCAACGUGCCGUAA